GCUGAAACUCCCUCGCUCAGCAACCAACUGGUCAUUGUUUCUUUCUUUGGAAGGAGCAGACGACACAAAAAUGAAAAGCCUUUAUUUUCUUUUCAAGAGCCAUAAGUAUGGCAGUUGCGCGGUAAAACCACGAGAUGUUGACCCCAUAUUAGUCUGAUCGUAGCCAAUUUGACAUAGGUAUGUUGCAAGAAGGAUAUAAGUAGCAAUUACAAGAUCUUCAUACGAAAGACAAAGAACACAACAACAACAGAAAUAAGAAGAAGAAGAAGAAGAAGAAGAAGAAGAAGAAGAGGAAGAAGAACCUGAUUUGUUAGUCUUGCAAGAUGGGACAUGCUAACUACAUAGGGAAGUACCGUCUCAGUCGAACAAUCGGAGAAGGUACUUUUUCCAAGGUGAAGCUCGGAGUAGACACCACCAAUGGACAAUAUGUUGCAAUCAAGAUCAUCGACAAGCAUAUGGUCUUGGAAAAUGAUCUCAAGUGUCAGGUACAAAACGAGAUAAGAACAAUGAAGCUUUUGCAUCAUCCCAAUAUUGUCCGUAUACAUGAGGUAAUUGGCACGAAGACAAAGAUUUAUAUAGUAAUGGAAUACGUAUCGGAGGGGCAACUCUCAGACAAGUUGUCAUAUGUCAAGAAGUUUAGUGAACCAGAGGCAAGAAAAAUUUUCCAGCAGUUAAUUGAUGCGGUUGACUACUGCCAUAACAGAGGAGUUUAUCAUAGAGAUCUAAAGCCAGAAAAUUUGCUUCUGGAUAGGAAAGGAAAUCUCAAAGUAUCUGAUUUUGGACUUAGCGCGUUGCGGAAGCCUGGAGACAUACUGACAACAGCCUGUGGCUCGCCAUGCUAUGUAGCACCAGAGCUGAUUGCAAAUAAGGGCUACGAUGGAGCAGCAGCCGAUGUUUGGUCAUGUGGAGUAAUCCUUUUUGAACUACUAGCUGGUUAUCUACCAUUUGAUGAUCGUAACCUCAUGGUUCUGUACAGAAAGAUUGCUGGAGCAGAAUACAAAUUUCCUCAUUGGUUUACAGACAGUCAGAAGAAUCUGAUCUCAAGGAUACUAAAUCCAAGUCCAAAAAAGCGAAUAACAAUACUUGAGAUCACUGAGGAUUCAUGGUUUCAAACUGAUUAUAAACCUUCCUGCGGAUAUCUGUCUGAUGAAAAAAUCUAUUUGGAUGACGUUAAUGCUGCUUUUGAUUCGGUUGAGGAGAAUGGUUUGGAGUCAAAGAUGCCCAAAUCGCCCAGUUUCAUAAAUGCUUUUCAAUUGAUAGCAAUGUCACAUGACCUAGAUUUAUCAGGUCUUUUUGAAGGACAGGAUGACAUGAAGACGACAACAAGGCUUGGCUCCAAGCUUCCAGUCACUGAAACCUUGGAAAAAAUAGAGGCUGCAGCAAUGGAUGUUAGUCUGUCAAUUGAAAAGAUGAACAAAUUCAGGAUAAAAAUGCACCCGAAACUAAAUCAGAAGAUGACCAGAUGUUCCCGAUCAUACUAUGACCUCUCAGCAGAGGUUAUUGAGGUUGCUCCAACUAACUGUGUCAUAGAAAUAUCAAAGUCCGCAGGCGAGCUAAGAGAAUACAAAGAGUUCUGCAAAAGUUUAUCAAGCCUGUUAACGGAGAAAGCUGAUGUAUCACCUGAAGUGCAAGAUUCCAAGGAAGUCCGUGACACCAGCAGAAGUGCCCAGAAGAUAGAAUGCUCUGGAGACGAAAGGAUAUAGACAAAAGGGACAACCAAGGUUAUUCAUCUUCUUAAAUUAUCAGCUAUAGUCCAUUUAUGUCAACUUCCUUCACCCAAAGUCCUAUGAUUGCUCAAAGAAAAUAAAACACAAAUCAUGAUGGAAAACUGUAUUUUCAAGAGCGAAAACAAGUUCAUAGUAUGAGGGGAGGUUCUACCAAUGCAUAAGUAUCCGAACAAAGUCAAAACCACUUGACAAUAGCUCACUUCAAAUGUGUUCCUUGUCAUUCUUUUUAUCUUCCCUUUCCAAGAUGUACAUUAGAGGUUGAAGUUUUUCAAACAAUUUUUUUUUCACUGAAAAAUAAAUGAUAUGUAAAGAGAUUCCGAAGCUGUCUCACUUUAUCCUGCUUCAGCAUAUUUAGUUUGCUGUCUCAGCACAAUUUCAAUUUUGUGUAUAGUAUGUAUUCAUUAUGAAGCAAAGAAUAUUUCCUCAAGCAUCCAAAGAGUAAUAGAAUCUA